AUGGAGCUGUAUACAGGCCGUGAUGGUCAGCAGGAGCCACCCAGUCAAUUUGGGGCUACAUAUGACUUGGUGUUGCGUCUUGUUUCUCCAUACUUGAACAAAGGAUACCAUCUUUAUAUGGACAAUUACUUCAGCAGCCCUCAACUGUUUUAUGAGUUAUACCUGCAAGCAACAGUAGCAUGUGGCACAGUCAGGUCAAACAGACGAGGAAUCCCACAAAAAUUGAAGAGUCAACGCCUAACAAAGGGGGAAAUAUUUGUUGUCCACAACUCCACCCUCGUUGCUGUGAAGUAUGCAGACAAAAAAGAUGUCAUUUUACUGACCACUAUACAUGAAGGUGUGAAAGUAGACCCUGGCCGGCUUGACCAAGAUGGUUCCAAUAUCGUCAAACCAGACGGUGUACUUAGUUAUAACAGGUAUAUGGGAGCGGUGGAUCGAUGUGAUCAAAUGGUUGCAAAUGGGAGCUUUGACCGACGGACAUUGAAAUGGUGGAAAAAAGUUUGUUUCCAUAUGAUUGGUCUUGCUGUCCUGAACUCGUACAUAUUGUACAAGAGUAGGACUCGACACCCAGUGCACCAAAGUAUAUUCAGGAGGGAGCUAGUCAAUCAGCUGAUGGAAGUCUCUGAGCUUUCUGGUGCUGCUCCCAGAGGCAGAAAGCGAACCUCAGCCGAGAUAUUGCAGCGUUUGACUGCCAGACAUUUUAUGUCUCACCUGCCACCAACUGACAAGAGAAGCCAUGGGAAACGACGGUGUGUUGUAUGUGGGCCUGGUGAGUUGGAACUCUUCAAGUCUUCUCAUCCACAUGAUCCCCAGGGGUAA